AUGCAAUCAACAGCAUUCAGAUUUCUUGAAGUGUCAACGGAAUAUUGUCAUUCCUCGAACGAUUAUGAGACAACAAUUUGGAUAAAAGAUCCAGAUGUUGAAUUUCGUUGUGCAACAAUUCUCGAGGAAUAUGACGAUAAUGUUAUUGUUGGUCUUCAUGAUGAAAAUGGUCAUUUUGAAAAGCGUGUUAUACCAAAAUCAGAGGUGAAUUUAUCAAGUGUGUCAUAUUUUGUUGAAGAUAUGUGUAAUCUAAGUGAAUUAAAUGAAGCAUGCGUUCUUGAAGUCAUUCGUUCACGAUAUAAAGCACAACUUAUUCAUACUUAUUCGGGUCUCUUUUGCCUUGUUGUUAAUCCAUGGAAGAAUAUACCGAUUUAUACGAAGGAAAUAAUGAAAGCAUAUAUGCAUAGCACUGAUAAAAAUUUAAAUUUACCACCACAUAUAUAUGCUAUUGCUCAAUCUACUUAUGAUGGCCUUUUAAGUGGUAAUAAUCAAUCAAUCUUAAUAACAGGUGAAAGUGGAGCAGGUAAGACUGUUAAUACAAAACGAAUUAUUGAAUACCUUGGUGUAUUAUCCGAAUAUCGCGGUGAAUUUGGAAUAUCCGACGGUAUCGAUAAACGACUUACAGCUGCCGGAAUUGUCAUUGAAGCAUUUGCUAAUGCAUCAACAAUUCAUAACAGUAACAGCUCUCGACUGGGAAAAUUUAUUCGGAUAGAUUAUGGUGAUGAUAUGACGAUGAAAGGUGCUCAAAUUCAAACGUAUUUGCUCGAAAAAUCACGCGUUGUAAAACAAAAUAAUGAUGAUCGGAAUUUCCAUAUUUUUUAUCAGUUGUUAUCAGAUGGCUUUGAUAAGGAUUUACGUUACUCGUUUGGCCUUGGACAAAAAGCUAGUGCAUAUAAGUUCUUAAAUCAAGGUGGCAAAAUUACGGAUCCGGAAAUUGAUGAUGCCCAAAGUGCUAUAGACACAUUGCGUGCAAUGGAUACUAUCAAAUUUAGCAAACAUGAAGUAGAGGAGAUUUUCGAAGUAGUAGCUGCAUGCAUCCUUCUUGGUGAAAUCAAAUUUACUGAAAGAAGCGGUUUUGAUAUUACUUAUGUUGAUGGUGUUAAAGAAGUUGAAGCAGCAUGUCGCAUUCUUGGUGUCAAAACUAACACUCUUAUUGAUGCUUUAACUCAACCAUCAAUAAAAGUGAAUGAUGUGGUAAUUAGAAAAAGUCAAAAUCUUACAAAGACAUUAAGUUCACUGCUAGGUUUAUGUAAAAGUAUUUACGAACGACUCUUCAACUGGAUUCUGUCACGAUGCAAUGCGGCACUAAAUGAAACAUUUCAUCCUAGUAAAUCAUUGCUAACUUAUUAUAUUGGCGUACUUGAUAUUGCUGGCUUUGAAAUUACUAAAAUGAAUAGCUUUGAACAAUUUUGUAUUAAUUAUACGAAUGAAAAAUUGCAACAGUUCUUCAAUGAUUUCAUGUUUGUACGUGAACAACAAGAAUAUUUAAAUGAAGGAAUUGAAUGGCAAUAUGUUGAUUAUGGCACUGAUAUGCAAAAUACCAUUGAAUUUAUUGAAAAGCCAUUAGGAUUGCUCUCACUCUUACAAGAAGAAUGUCUUGUACCAAAUGGUAAUGAUCAAUCGUUGCUUGAAAAACUUCUUUCGGCAAAUGCUAACAAUACUAUCUUCACUCGUUCAAGACAAUCAGCAAGACAUACUACAGCAUCACAUUUUUCAAUAGCUCAUUACGCGGGUAAUGUAGCAUAUAAUAUCAAUGGUUGGGUUGAGAAGAAUAAAGAUGUGUUAGAACGAAAUGGAUUAGAAGUACUUGCAUCAAGUACCAAACCUCUUCUACAAAUUCUUUUCCCUUUAUUGGAAGAAGAAAAAGAAAAAUCACGAUCUAAACGGCAAUCGAUGUCAUCAAAUACCGUUUCAUAUUUGUAUAAAGAGCAAUUGUUAAACUUACUUCAAACACUUAACUCAACAGUGGCACAUUUUAUUCGUUGUAUUGCACCAAAUAAAACACGAUUACCAGGUGUUAUUGAUUCACAUCUUGUGCUUCAUCAAUUAAGAUGUAAUGGUGUAUUGGAAGGUCUUAGAAUAUGUCGUCAAGGCUAUCCUAAUCGAAUGACAUUUGAUGAAUUUAUUAUAAGGUAUCGUAUUUUGGCAACAAAUGUUAGUCUUGGAUAUGGACAAAUUGCUGUUAAACGUUUCUGUGAUGCGAUCAAUCUUGAUUCAACAUGCAUACAAAUUGGAAAAACAAAAGUUUAUUGUAAAAUUGGUGUAAUUUCAGAAUUAGAAAAUCGUCGUAAAAAACAUUUAAGUGAGUUAAUGUGUGGAAUACAAGCAUCAAUACGAUGGUAUUUGGAACAACAGCGCUAUGAAGAAUUACUUAAAAAUAGAGAAACAAUUUUAACCAUUCAAAGUAACAUUCGAUGUUUCACUCAAAUUUCCACGUGGAAUUGGUAUCGACUGUUAUUGAUUGUAAAAGAACUUAUACCAUUGAAUAAGGAUAAAGUAAGAUUGGAAGAAUUGUUGAAAAUAAACGAUGAGUUAACAGAGGAAUUAAACAAUUUACAUGGUAAUUAUGAUGAAGUUCGAAAAUUAUUGGAUAAAGCUAAUUGUAAAAUUAAAAAUCUUGAAGAUGAAAAAGAAUCGUAUAUUUUGCAAAAUGCUGAAAUAAAGGAAGAAUUGACGCAACAUGAAGAACUUAUGGAAAUGAUGGAGAAAAAAUUUGAUGAACAACAUGCUAAAGUUAUGAAAAUACAGAAUUGUUUGCAAGAAAAUGAAAAGAAGAUCGAAUUUAUUGAAAGUGAAAAAAAAAAUCUUGAAAAUGAACUCUGCAAGAGCAAACGUAAUUAUGAACGAGAAUAUGAAUUUCGGCAACAAAUUGCAAAUGAUUUGGAAAUACGUGAGAGGACAAUAAAAGAAAUUGAAUUAAAAACGGAAUUAAUGGAUAAGGAACGAAAUAAGCAAUCAAAUAAAAUACAAGAGCUAAAGGAACAAGUGAAAAAAUUAACCGAACAUAAUAAUCAGCAAACGGACGUAAUUACAAAUUUGCAACGUUGUGUUACGGAGUUAAAUGAAAAAAACAACAACUUUGAUGAUAUAAUGAUAAUGGAGAAAAAAAUACGAAAGAAAUUAGAAAAUGAACGAGCUGAACAAGAGUUUGAAAUGGAAAAACUGAAGCAAAAUGAGCAAAAAGCAAUGACAAAAGUGGAAACACUGAAGGAAAAUUGUUAUGAGAAAGAUAGAGAAAUUCGAAGAUUGGAAAAGAAAUUAGAUCAAACAAUUGAGGAAUCCAAAACAAAUAUUACUGAGAUGAAAAAAAUUCACAAACGAUCAAAGGAUGAAUUGCAGAAUCGUUUAGAUGAAUUGAAAAAAGCUUAUCAAAAACUGGAAACAGAAAAUAAGACACAAACGAUGAAAUUUGAAUAUUCUGAAAAAGAGCGAGAAUCUUCCAUUGAAUCAGAUUAUGUAUCUGGUGGUAGACAAAGUCGUUUGGGUAGUCGACAAUACUCUUCCAGUUCAAUUGGUUCCAUUGGAUCAAUUCGUACAUUAAGCAGACGAACGGUUGAGCCAGAAAAUAAAUUCUCUUCUGGAUUUCGUAGUCCUUCCACAUUUUCACUAAGUUAUUAUUCGGGUGAUCCGUAUAAUCUGUCAAGAUGUUCAUCACAAAGUCAAUUUGCUAAUGAACGAAAAAUUUCACAGCUAGAACGACAAAUUGUUUCCGCACAUACCGAUGUACAAAUGUUGAAACGAGAAAUUGAAGUGUACAAGUCAACAUUAGCAGAAAAUGAAAAAGAAAGAGAUGUGUUAUCGCAAAAAAUUCGUACAAUGGAUAUUUCUGUGAAAAAAUUGGAACAAUCAUUAAAGGAUGAAGAACGAAAAAAUCAUGAAUGUGAGUUACGAUUGAAGAAAACACAAAAUGAAUUGGAACAUAUACGUGAUAAGUAUGAAAAAGCGAUAAAAAAUGGGCAAACGGAAAUUCUAGAAGAAAGAAGAAAAAUGAGAUUAAAAAUGGAUGCAUUAUCACGUAUAAAUGAAGUCAAAAAGCGAGAUGAAAGAGAAGAACAAGCAAUUGAAGAGUUACAAAAAGAACUUGUUAUUAAAACAUCACAACUUAAUCGAGUUUUGGCACAAGUCAAUCAUCUUGAAAAUAUCAAUAAAACACAGAGUGUUUAUGGAGAAACAUGGGAACAUCAAUAUCGUAUGGCACUUGCUGAAUUAGAAUCAUUACGUGAUGAAAAUGCAAGCUUAAAAACAAAAAUACGCAGACAAUAUCGUGAAAUUGAACUUUUAAAACAACAAUCAGAAAUGGAAGCAGAUGUUGCUAUGUUAGAAAGUAAAAUGGGUAUAUCAGCAACAGAAACAACAACAGAAACAGCAACAACAACAUUAGCAACAAUAGGAACAUAA